GCAUAUUCAAACACAGUACGUAACGUAUGAUUGUUGACGAAUAUCCCCCGAAUACACGAUGUGAGCGGGAAAAAUAGACAUUUCCCCAAAAUAACCGACGUAAAGCGACAUUUCCCCUUUAUUUUCGCUUUCGUCCGCUUCAUUUCCCCUUAGUUCGCCUUUAUUUCCCCUAUAUUGGUUGCUUGGGGAUUCUGAGGAAAUAUUGUGGAAUUCCCCAAAACAGGUUGCAAGCUGCUGACGAGAAUCCACGAAGUAAAUGAACUCACCUUUGCUACUCUUGUUGUUCUUGCUUGGUUCAAAUUUCCCAAUGCGAAGAAUUGUAUGAAGAAAUUAACAAGUUGAAAGUCGGGAAAAUAUCUCAUUAUUUGGUUAGUUACAUAUGUCAUCAAAGAAACCACCCAAAGCAUUGUACGUUCCACCAGCUUUAAGAGCAAACAAAAAUGCGAGCGAAGUCAAAAAAGAGUUAUCCUUUUUAGAAUCUCCAAUAUCAUAUGCUUCUGUGAAUGAACAAACUGAUGUAGAACAACAAUUAAAAUCACUUACACUUUCUGACAACUGUAUUGAUGAUGACGAAUGUGUAUUCAAAAAAAAACUUUUUAAUCAAAAGCUGUCACAUAAUGAUAGCAACAGUGAACCAGUCAUAAGGUUGAAAGAUUUCCAACAUAUUUUAGAGUUAUAUAACUUUUCAAAAGACUUUCAAAAUUUUCACUUGGAAGCGGAACUCACAGGGUUUGAGGAUAGUGGAUUUUACCUUAAAUGGGUCGAUGAUACUCAUUGUUUAGCUGUAUUUUCUUCAAAUGAUGAAGCGAAUCGUGCAUUGGCUCAAAUAUCAGGACUUUUCAUGAAGGCUCGUAAAAUUAAUGACGCUUCUUUGGCUAGCAAGUUGAAGAUUGCUCGUUCACCUGGUGACUGGACUAUGCCCUAUAAAAAACGACCAGUUACGACUAGCUCAACAGCUCGAAGAUUAAUUUCCAAUCAUUUGGGUAUUGUUCCUACUAAAAUCAAAUCUCCUGAGGAAACUAUGAAAGAGGAACAAGAUAAAGCUCUUUUACGAGAAGCACGUGCUCGUGCGGAAGCUAUUCGUCAGGCACAGAAAUCUCUAUGGGAAGACGAAUAAUGUGACAAUUACAAUUAUGUUUUAGAAUUAUUCCUGUAAAAAGAGUGACUUUUUUGCCUUUGGAAUCCUUUUUAUUUAUAGUGAGAAAAAAUAUCUUUGCAUUUGACCAAAAAUUCAUAUCAUAAUCAUUAGUUAGUAUCAUGAGUAAUAUCUAAAUUAUAUUUUUUCCAACACUGACUUGUUAAUUUUUCAUCUUUCUACUCUGUCUAUCUGUUUACAUGCGAACACUUUAUGCCUUUUCGCUUGUGUAGUGUAAAUUGAAUAUAUCAUCAUGUGUAUCUAUUUGACAUGCUUCUUGUUACUUUUGCAAAUCAUCUAAUUGUAUUUUUAAUAUGUUUCUUUCUUGUUCUAUAUAUGCGUUUAUUGUAAUUUGUUAUUUUCUGGUGUUAAGUAUGCUUUUUUUAUUUCACUAGGCUUCGGAUUGUAUUUUUUUCGGUUUAUAUUGAUCUUAGAAACAUAAAAAAUACGACAGGG